AUGGGAAAGGUAAUAAACAUAUUAUCUCUUUGUAUUACUUUAGGCCUUGCUUUCACAAUGGAAAUACCAACAAACGGAUUUCGGUGUGUUAGUGAAGAGGUUUUUGAAGGACAAGUAGUUCAUGGUGUAUAUGGAAUUGUUGAAGGAACAAGUUUAGCAGGAAGGACAAUAGAAUUUAAAGUUUUUGAUGAAGAAGGAGAAGAGCUUUUAGUUAAAGCAUUACAAGAAGGAGAGACAAAAAAUAAAUAUGCAUUAACACCAGAUGAUGAUGGAGAUAUUGAUUUUUGUUUUGUUGAUACUGUGACCGAUAAGAGUGUUACAGGUCCUGUUAUAGUGUCAUUAGAUAUUAAUGUUGGAUUUAACUCAAAAAAUAUGCCUAAAUUUGCUGAUAAAGAAAAGAUCUCACACACAGAAGAAUUGGUAGAUGAGGCUCAUAAAUCAGCGUUUUAUAUUAUUGAAUAUUUACAAGAAUGCCAAAAAAUUGAAUAUCAAAGGAGAGAUAUCAAUGAAGCUGCUAAUGCAUCUACUUUAUGGUUUGCUAUCAUUAUUAUUGUUGUUGUUAUUUUGUUGACUCUUUGGCAAGUAAGAUCAUUAAAAGCAUUCUUCUUAAGAAGAAAAUUAAUUUAA